CGAACGGUUUAGAAACGAUACAGAAUUUUCGCUCCAAUGCGUUGUAGUUACACUGUUUCAAGUUUCAAUUCGUUUCAAGUGAUAAAAAUCAACAGGUGUAAAUAAAACAACAUGGUUUUAGACCUUUUACGAAAUAAUUAUGUGAAUUAAAUUCUGAAAAAUGUCAAAAAAAGCCAAGAAAGGUGCGUUAUACGAUAAAGAAAUUCAACAAUUACUCGACGAUGGCUUUCUAUCAUCAGGAGAUGAUGAGAUCGAAGAUGAAGAAUUUAAUGAUAGUGACGUAUCGAGUGGCGAUGAUAUUGAUGAUGAAAAUUGGACAGUGCCAUUCGAAAUUUCCGAAUCUUCUAGUGAAAGUGAAACUGACGAUGAUUUAGAGGAUGGUGAUCGAAGCAAUUCUCAAGCAAAUGUUUCAAAUAUUCCAAUCACGAAUGCUCAAAAUGAUUCGAGUGUAGCUGGAACUUCUGCCUCUAAUGAUAAUUCGAACACUGCUGGAAAUGACCCUAACGCUACUGGAAAAAACAACUCAGACCCUCCGAUAAAUUUGGAUGAUUGGCAUACUCUAAUCCUGAAACCCACCCUGCUGAAAUUUAGAGGAGAAGAAAAAGUACUUCUGGACAAUUUAUCAACACAGCCGACCACUCCUGUUGAAUUCUUUCGCCUAUUUUUUGACAAUGUUUUUUUAGACAAAAUUAUUGGAUUCUCUAAUGAAGAAGUCCGACUGCUGACACGUUUCAAACCCCUGAAUAGAAGAUCGCCAUUGAGAAACUUCAAACCAUUUCAAGAGACGACUUAUUGAAAUUUCUUGGUCUGACUAUGCUAAUGGGAAACGUAUGUAUGCCAUCAACGAAGCACUACUGGCGAAUCAAAAGUAAACUUUACGAGCAUCCAUUAUUUGGAAACGUUAUGUCCAAAAAUCGUUUCGAGACAAUUCUGAGAGCCUUGCGAUUCUAUGACGUUUCAGAACGUGUAGAAAAAAAAGAGAAAAUUUCGUAUGUUCUACAGUAUAUGAAUGAAAAAUUCAAUCAGUUUUAUUCCCCAGCCAAGCAGUUAUCAAUUGAUGAAGUAUUACUCGGAUUCAAAGGCAGGCUUUCAUACAAGCAAUAUAUACCACUAAAACGCAGCCGAUUCGGAAUAAAGCUGUAUGAAC